GCGCGGGCAGCCGGGGCCCUCGGGCCGGGCAGGAGCGGCCCCGCCCGGCGUAGCGCGGGGCCUUACAGCGGCAAGAUGGCGCCUAAAGGGAAAGGCGGCGGCAAAGCCGGGAAGGGCGGCGACAGCGGCGGCAGCGAGGGCAAAGCACAGGGCCCGAAGGGAGGCGGCAGCGCCGUUAAGGUUCGGCACAUCCUGUGCGAGAAGCACGGCCGGGCCAUGGAGGCCAUGGAGAAGCUGAAGGCCGGGCAGCGCUUUAGCGAGGUGGCGGCGCAGUACAGCGAGGACAAGGCCAGGCAGGGGGGAGACCUGGGCUGGAUGACCAGAGGCUCCAUGGUGGGACCAUUCCAGGAGGCAGCGUUUGCCCUGCCUGUGAGCAGCAUGGACAAGCCCGUGUACACGGACCCUCCCGUUAAAACCAAGUUCGGAUACCACAUCAUCAUGGUGGAAGGCAGAAAAUAAAAUAUGAAUGACCAUCAUGA